CACCCCCAGCCACUCUAGCUGUCGAAAAGCAUUGUGGGAUGGGGAGCCGGUUGAAAGCUUCUCGAAGGAACUGCAAAGAUGAUGCCCACACCAGUUAUCCUGCUGAAGGAGGGGACGGACACGUCUCAGGGCAUUCCCCAGCUCAUCAGCAACAUCAAUGCGUGCCAGGUGAUUGCUGAGGCUGUCAGGACCACCCUGGGGCCCAGAGGGAUGGACAAACUGAUGGUGGAUGGCAGAGGAAAGGCCACAAUCUCUAAUGAUGGAGCCACCAUCCUGAAACUACUGGAUGUGGUUCACCCCGCAGCCAAGACCCUGGUGGACAUCGCCCGCUCUCAGGAUGCUGAGGUUGGGGAUGGCACCACCUCUGUCACCCUCCUGGCUGCUGAGUUCCUGAAGCAGUUGAAGCCGUACGUGGAGGAGGGUCUCCACCCGCAGACCAUCAUCAGAGCGUUUCGCACCGCCACCAACCUGGCCGUUAACAAGAUCAAGGAGAUCGCUGUCCCUGUGAAGAAAGACGAUAAGCAGGAGCAGAGGCAGUUGUUGGAGAAGUGUGCUGCCACAGCCCUGAACUCCAAGCUAAUUGCUGGUCAGAAGGAGUUCUUCUCCAAGAUGGUGGUGGAUGCUGUCAUGUCUCUGGAUGAGCUGCUGUCUCUCAAGAUGAUUGGCAUCAAGAAGGUUCAGGGAGGAGCCCUUGAGGAUUCCCAGUUGAUCUCUGGGGUUGCGUUCAAGAAGACCUUCUCCUAUGCUGGCUUUGAGAUGCAGCCUAAACGCUACGAGAAUCCAAAGAUCGCUUUGCUCAAUGUGGAGCUGGAGCUGAAAGCUGAGAAGGAUAACGCUGAGGUCCGCGUGAAAUCUGUGGAGGACUACCAGGCCAUUGUGGACGCAGAGUGGAACAUCCUGUACAACAAACUGGAGAAGAUCUAUCAGUCAGGUGCCAAGGUGGUUUUGUCAAAGUUGCCAAUCGGUGAUGUGGCCACUCAGUACUUCGCUGACAGAGACCUGUUCUGUGCUGGCAGAGUGCAGGAGGAGGACCUGAGGAGGACCAUGAUGGCCUGCGGUGGCUCCAUUCAGACCUCAGUGGGAGCUCUGACAGACGAUGUCCUGGGACAGUGUGAACUCUUUGAGGAGGUCCAGGUCGGAGGAGAGAGGUAUAACUUCUUUAAAGGCUGCCCGAAGGCGAAGACGUGCACCAUCAUCCUGAGGGGCGGAGCAGAACAGUUCACAGAGGAGACGGAGCGAUCGCUGCAUGAUGCCAUCAUGAUCGUACGCAGAGCCAUCAAGAAUGACUCUGUUGUAGCGGGUGGCGGAGCCAUUGAGAUGGAGCUGUCAAAGUACCUGCGGGAUUAUUCCAGGACCAUCCCUGGAAAACAGCAGCUAUUGAUCGGAGCGUACGCCAAGGCCCUGGAGAUCAUCCCCAGACAGCUGUGUGACAACGCCGGCUUCGAUGCCACAAACAUCUUGAACAAACUGCGCGCCAAACACGCACAGGGCGGUAUGUGGUACGGCGUGGACAUCAACAAUGAGGACAUUGCAGACAACUUCACCAGCUGUGUCUGGGAGCCAUCCAUCGUGCGGAUCAACGCUCUGACGGCAGCGUCAGAGGCCGCCUGCCUCAUCCUGUCGGUCGACGAGACGAUCAAGAACCCCCGCAGCUCUGUGGACGGACCUCCAGGUGGCGCCGGCAGGGGCAGAGGCCGCGGGAGACCCCAUGCUCACUAAGAGAAAGCAGGAACAAAACCCCCAUUUUAAACUGGCAUUAAAAUCUAAAUGUAGAUAGAAGAUUGUGUCUUCAGCACUGGUCAAGUUACAUUUAAACAAAGACGUAGACAAAGAUGGUGUUGAAUGUGUCUUGAUAUGUUUGACCUGAAUUUAGAUUUUAAUUCUAGAUAAAAUGAGGUGUUGUAACCAGUCAUAGACACAUUGCAAAUGGCAGGUGUAGUCAAACAAACAAGGGGAGAAAGAGAAGUUCAUCAAGCAAUUUCAAGAUGGAUUCUUUGGACUUUAAACAUGGCUGACAGUUCUUGUGUUGUCUUUCUUUUUCACCAGUAGUGUUUUUCUUACUGAAGCUUUGACCUGCUAAAGUCUGUUUAACAUUUCAUGCACUGUAUUGCUCUCCCUGUGGCCAUUUUACUGAGAAAUUAAUUUGAAAUACAAGAAGAAUGAGAUCAAUCCCCUUAGGUUUUGUAAUACACACUCCUGUCCCCUUCACACGCUGUGUGACACUAUUUAUUGGACCAUUAUCAAUAAAUUCACAGCUGAACUCAAACAA